AUGGAGAGUGACAGUCGAUUGUUCGCAGAGUUGGACAAAAGUUCCGUGCACAGGCUUCUUCAAAUGGAGUUAUUCGUCUUCGACUGCAUGUUCUUCUUUACGUUCCUAUAUCUAUUUGUGUACUUAAUCGGUCGUCAGAUUUAGAGGUUAGGUGGCCACUGUCCUUCACCCGUUGCGAAGGACUGUAACCAAGACAGCGAAUCGUAUUGCUUCGCAUUGCAAAAUCGAAUCUUCUUUCCUCAUAGUUUACUGUCCGCGUUUACGUGAAACGCGCGUAAAAUUCAACCAUGAGACGAAGAGCUACAAUGGUGCUGUAAUUAAGUUUCAGUGUCGAAAAGAUGGAAAUAGAGGAGAGAAUCAUUCGUAAACGAAGUAUACGCAGCUAUCUGCAAAGUGUGCCGCAACGUUGGUCAGAAAUAGUCGAACAUUUCUUUUAUCAACUUGGUCUAAAAAUUGCUCGACGACCGUUGAAAUGGCUCAUUGGAAGUACUGUGAUAGUGUUAAUUUCCCUUUCUGGUUUAUAUUGCUUUCGUCAGGAGAAAAAUCCUGUGAGAUUAUGGGUUCCACAGAAUUCAGAUUUUGUUCAUGACACAGAAUGGAUGUUUGAACAGUUUGGACAGGGAUUGAGAAUGGAAGGUAUGAUACUGACAGCUAACAAUGUCUUGGAACCGGAAGCUCUUGCCAGGUUGAAUGAAAUAACCAAGCAGGUUAUUUCUACUCAAACUCCUGAUCAAAUUACGUGGACAGAUGUAUGUUUCAAAGUGCCUGUCAUAUCAGGUAUUGUACAUAGAAAAAAACGCAGCCAUCAACUUGAUAAUUUCUUUGACAUUGAACCUGAGGUACAAAUUAAUAGUACUAAGUUUGAACCUGCAGUUCAUGCUGAUUCUGAACUCUAUUGUAAUAUAGUCAACAACUUGCCAAAAGCUUGCCUUUUAAAUAGUAUCUUGGAUAUAUGGGAAUAUGAUACUAAUGCAAUUCUUCAAAAAACUACAGAGGAGAUUGUCAAGGAUGUAAAUACAGCAAAAGUGAGCCCCACUUUGGGUCAUCCACUAAACUUUACAGAAUUACUGGGUGGCAUAACAAAAGAUGAAAAGGGUAGAAUUAUCUCAGCUAGAGCUGUAAAAACACAAUGGGCAGUUUAUAUAAAUCUUUCAGAAGUGGAUAUGAAUAAUUAUGGCAACGAUGUUGGAACUGCUGAUUGGGCAACAGAUGAUGUACUAAAGUGGGAACUUGCUUACUUAAAUGUAUUAAACAAAAAUGCGAGGUUAUUAAAUAAUAAGAAAGAUGCAAAUCAUACAUUAUCCCUUUUGUAUGAAGCUGGUAGAAGCUUCGGAGAUGUUACUUUUGUAACAAUGUUCGGAAAUAUUGAUAUAUUAUCAAUAGGAUUCAUUUUGAUGUUCUUCUACGUUCUAGUCAUAUUUUCGGAUUACAAUUGGGUGGGAUGGAGAGUCUAUCUCACUGUUGUCGGUCUUUUGUGCGUCGGUGGUGCUUUUAUAGUUUCAAUCAGUGUAUGUUCCGUUCUUGGAAUCCCAUACGGACCUGUACAUACUUCUUUACCAUUUUUAUUAUUGGCUCUCGGAGUAGACGAUAAUUUUUUGAUAAUGGCUUCUUGGAAAGAAAUACAUGCACACAAUUAAAACAAAAAAAAGCCACUAGAGGAGAGAGUAGCUCUAAUGUUAGGACAUGCAGGCUCAGCUAUUAGUAUUACUUCUCUUACCGAUGUUGUUGCGUUUAUUAUCGGUGCUUCUACAAUAUUACCAUCGCUUCAAUCAUUCUGUAUAUACGCGGCGUUUGGAGUACUACUGACGUUUUUAUUUCAAAUCACGUUUUACGUUGCCUUUUUUUCCAUCGAUGCUCGACGAAUCGAGAAUAAAAGAAACUCGUUACUGCCGUGCAUCGUUCAUGAAAAUUUCACACAAAAAUUCAUCAGUCCACAAGAAGAACUUCCCGCAAAGUUGAUAACCAAAUUGUAUUCAAACGUGGUUCUAACGAUGCCCGGAAAAAUAUUGAUAGUAUUAAUAACAAUAGUUACAGCGUCGGCUGGAAUUGUGGGCUUGUUGCAAUUGCAACAAUGGUUCGAUCCAGCCUGGUUUAUACCAAGCCAUUCGUAUCUAAGCAAAUAUAUCAACGUACGUCGCGACGAAUAUCCAGAACAUGGUUACGAAGCGAUGAUUCUUAUGGGAGAUUUCAACUAUACAGCGGAAUUUCCAAAAUUGCUAAAUCUCGUGGAUAGAUUCACGAAUUUAUCAACCAUACAAAGCAUACAUCCUUGGCCCCAGGAUUUCACGAAAUUCGUCUGGGACUACUAUCGAAGAGACUUGAAAAAUACAAUACUCGAGGAUACGGAAUUUCGCCAUUAUUUAUCCAAGUUCUUGUUCAGUCGAAACGGUGGCAAAUAUCAGAGGAACUUCCGUUUCAAAGGAGAUUUAACGUGCGGCGAAAAUACUCCGGCGAUUUUAGUAACUACCAUAGAUUUUCUUUUCAAACGAUUUCACGGUCCGCAUCAGUGGAUUCCAGCUAUGGACGACAGCAAGCAAGCGACGAAGGACGUUGGAAUCGACGGUUUUGUCACUGUUUGGAGCGAAGUGUUCAGCUUAUGGGUAACCGACAAACUCAUCGCGCAGGAAGUUCAGCGAAACGUUUUAUUGGCGUUAUUUUGCGUGAUGGGAAUGACAGGAUUGUUGAUCGCCGAAUUACAAACUUGCUUCUGGAUCUUCUUGUGUGUACUCCUCACACUUUUGAACGUCUGUGGAUUCAUGUAUUUUUGGGGCUUGACGAUAGACAUUGCGUCUUGUAUCGGUUUGGAACUUGGCAUUGGAUUAUGCGUGGACUAUGCAGCUCAUGUUGCACAUGCAUUCAUAAAUGCUGCAUCUGAAAGAGGAAGCGAAGAUCGUACAAGAAGAGCACACGUUGCGGUGAGAUACAUUGGUGCUGCAGUUGCAUACGGUGCCGGUUCGACGUUGCUCGCGCUCUCUAUGAUGGCGUUUUCGGAGAGUUAUGUGUUUCAUGCAUUUCUGAAGAUUUUCAUCUUGGUGAUACUGUUCGGUCUCUGGCAUGGAUUAUUCCUUCUGCCUGUGAUAUUGAGCACAAUCGGACCGCGAAGUCUACGAUCGCAUACAGUACCCCCUCAAUCACCUGAGAAAGUCGAGGACGCAGGUGACAAUGUGACGAGUCCGUUGAACAAAGAAACGGAAAGUUAAAGAG